AUGAAUGAAUAUGACUUUGGUCCUCCUCAAAACUCUCCUUCAAACUUGGCUGUUCCAACUGAAAGUGCGUUUGGAGUUACCAACAUCAAAUCGCACAUUCCACUGAUUCUUGACUUAGAUGAUCACAACUAUGAUGCCUGGAGAGAACUCUUUCUCACUCAUUAUCUCACCUUCGAUGUCUUAGGACAUGUUGAUGGUUCCUCUGCUCCUGCAAACGCUGAUGAUCAACAAUGGCUGAAACGUGAUGGACUGGUCAAGUUGUGGAUCUAUGGAACACUUGCCCAGCCGCUCUUCAAAUCAUCGUUCAAAACCGGUGGCACUGCAAGAGACAUUUGGCUUCGCAUCGAAAAUCAAUUCCGUAACAACAAAGAUGCGAGAGUUAUGCAGAUUGAUAAUGAGCUGCGAACCAUGGAGAUAGGCGAUCAGUCAAUUCUAACUUAUUGCCAAUCUCUCAAAUCGUUGGCAGAUCUUCUCUCCAAUCUGGAUACUCCGAAGCCGUUUCCAUCUAUUGACGAUGCCAAGUCCAUGCUCCAAGAGGAAGAGAGUCGCUUGAAGAAAGCUCACAAGGUCAUUGCUUCACACACAGCUCAUGCCUCCUCUCCUACAGCUUUGGUCACCACAACCAACACAUCCCAAAAUCAGCAGAAUCAGACUCAACAAAGGAACAACCGUCCAUGGCAUCGAAAGAAUCGCUUCAACAACAAAGGUCGUAACAAUUUUCAGCAACAAAACUCUCUCCCUCUGCAACAACAGCGACAAUAG